AUGUCAAAAGCGGACGGUGAAAAACGCCAGCUCGGCCGCGAGGUCGUGGAAGACUAUGGCCAUCAUCAUCUCGCCGACGACAAUGUGCAGCAUAUUGUGGUUGCGGACAAGCUGAGCCGAAAGCUAUCGGCUCGUCAAGUUCAGAUGAUCGCAAUUGGUGGCACAAUCGGCACUGGGCUGUUUCUGGGCACAGGAAAGUCUCUGUCUACAGGCGGCCCAGCAUCGAUGCUCAUUUCCUACGCGAUUGUCGGUGCAAUUGUCUUUAUCACGAUGUUGUCUUUGGGUGAAAUGGCAGCAUUCGUCCCCGUGGCCGGGUCGUUCUGUACAUUUGCUGGCCGUUUCGUGGACGAUGCUUUUGGAUUUGCUCUUACCUGGAACUACUGGUUCAACGACGCCGUGUCCACCGCCUCGGAUUUGAUUGCUCUUCAAUUGUUGCUGGAGUACUGGACCGACAAUUUUCCAGGCUGGGCCAUCUCGUUGAUCUUUCUCUUUGUGGUCAUAGGACUCAACGUCUUUUCCGUCAAAGCAUAUGGCGAAGCAGAAUAUUGGCUCAGCUUGUUGAAAGUUGUUACUAUAGUGAUAUUCAUUAUCAUUGGUGUCGCAGUCAAUUGUGGCGGAAACACUAACCAUCAGUACAUCGGCGGCAAAAACUGGCACAUUGGUGACGCACCAUUUGUCGGAGGCAUUGGUGGUUUUGCGUCGGUCUUUGUCACUGCCUCCUUUGCCUACGGAGGCACCGAGUCCAUCGCCGUGACUGCAGGAGAAACAAAAGACCCAGCCAGAACCUUGCCAAGAGUGGUGAAGAAUGUGUUUUGGCGGAUUCUGCUGUUCUAUAUCCUUUCGGUUCUGAUAGUCGGCUUAAACGUACCCUACAACUUCCCCGGUCUAAGCUCCGGUGACACUACCACCAGUCCCUUCACAAUCGUUUUCCAACAAGUCGGCAGUUCAGUGGCCGGAAGCUUCAUCAACGCGGUGAUCAUGACAAGCGUGAUUUCGGCGAGCAACCAUGCUCUCUUUGCUGGAUCAAGGUUGUUAUACACCCUGGCCAUCGAAGGGUACGCGCCUUCGGUGUUUGGAAAGCUGAACCGCUUUCAGGUCCCAUGGGUGGCCGUCCUGUCUACGUCCGUUAUCAGCGGUCUCUGCUUUGGGGCCAGCUACAUCGGCGCUGGCCAGCUUUGGACUUGGCUACAGAAUAUCGUUGGUGUCUCCAAUCAGCUCUCGUGGAUUUCUAUCGGCUUUGCAUCUCUUCGUUUCCGCGCCGCUAUCAAGAAGCAAGGCCUUGAACACUUGUUGCCUUUCAAAAACUGGACGUAUCCGUACGGCCCGAUACUUGCUGUUGUCCUCAAUAUCGUCCUGGUCCUUGUCCAGGGCUGGUCAGCCUUCAGUCCCAGCUUUGCCGCUGUUGACUUUGUCAGUUACUACAUCGAGAUCCCCGUCAUGAUCGUCAUGUUUAUUGCAUGGAAACUGUUCAAGCGGACUCACUUCGUCAGACUGGAUGAGAUGGACUUGGUCUCGGAUCGGUAUGACGGGGGCUUCACUCCUGACGAGCGAGCCCAGCUCCUCGAUGUUGCGCAUCGCAGCCCAUUUUCACAGGAUCAGUCGUGGAAAGGGAGAGCCACUGCUAUUGGAACAUGGCUUUUCUUUUAG